AUGGCCCUGGCGAUCCCUCCUCUAGUUUCUUCAGGCAUUGACUACGGAACAUGUCCAACUCUCGAACCUCCUCCAACGACCUUCCCCUAUCCCGACAACAGCGGCUCAACCAAAACUAAUACUCGCUUCGAGUCAGAUGCCACAUUAUACGACCAUGGGGAGUCGAACAGGUCCAAUGAGCCUUCGUCAUGCCCUACAACCCCCAGACUAGAAUCCAAGACACAGAAUGAUCGGCCUGGCCUUGCUGCGCGCAAAUUUGAAUCAGAUCUCGCGCACCCAGCCGCGCCCAGGCAGCUUCGUCCUUUCAGAGCACACCAGUCCGCGUCAACGCAUCAUUUUGAUGGCGCUGCUGACUCCACGGAUGAUGCCUCCUCUGAGGGUGGGGAGUUUCCCACCAUCGCCAGAUCAUACACACAGCCUGCGAGCGCUGGACUUUCAAAAGCCCAGCUCAAUCGAGUUCGCACACAUCCAAAAGGCCGGGGACUCACAAUAGGUAAUGAGCAUUUUGAAUCGUCUGGCCGAAUAGCAAGGGAUGGGAGAUUGACAAUUUCUAUCAACGAGGCAGCCAAUAGCGGAUACCUUGCCAAAGCCCUUGGUGCAACAAUCGAGAGCCACCUCAGACCCCAUCAUCUGGCGGAAGAAAGGGCCUCACAACAAGCCAAAGCCGACUUUCUCCAAGCUAAACCAAACUUACAGGUUCCCCGGUUGAACAUAGUGAUCAUGGUAAUUGGAAGUCGUGGCGAUAUCCAACCGUUCCUGAAGAUCGGAAAAAUCUUGAGAGACAAGUACCGUCACCGGGUCAGGGUCGCUACACAUCCAGCUUUCAAAACAUUCAUUCAAGAAGAAAUCGGGCUCGAAUUCUUUUCUGUUGGGGGUGACCCUUCCGAGUUAAUGGCAUUUAUGGUUAAGAAUCCAGGUCUGGUGCCUUCUUUGGAGACAGUAAAGGCUGGAGAGAUAGGACGGCGAAGGGAGUCAAUGUACCAAAUGUUCCAAGGCUUUUGGAGGGCUUGUGUUAAUGCAACUGACGACGAAACGGACACCACCAAUCUGAAACUUGUCGGGACGAGUGUGCCUUUUGUCGCAGAUGCAAUCAUUGCCAAUCCGCCCUCCUUUGCCCAUUAUCAUUGCGCGGAAAAACUCAGCAUACCUCUCCACCUUGUCUUCACUUUCCCAUACUCACCCACACAAGCAUUUCCACAUCCCCUGGCCAAUAUCAAAGCCUCCAAUGUCGAUCAGAGCUAUACCAAUUUCAUGAGUUAUCCACUGGUGGAUCUCAUGACCUGGCAGGGACUAGGUGAUCUCGUUAAUCGGUUCCGUGUUCUGACCCUAGGGCUGGAACCUGUGUCAACUCUAUGGGCCCCCGGUCAGCUGUCGCGCCUCAAGGUGCCAAUGACGUAUCUUUGGUCGCCAGGACUGGUACCAAAACCUCGUGACUGGGGUCCCGAAAUUGAUAUCGCAGGCUAUGUUUUCCUCGACCUUGCCUCGUCCUUCAAGCCCCCAGGAGAUCUUUUGACGUUCCUGGAGCGAUCCGACGGUCGACCCCUGGUUUAUAUUGGUUUCGGCUCAAUCUCUGGGAUCGAUGAUCCCCAUGCUUUUACUAAAUUAAUUUUUGAAGGGGUUGCCAAGGCAGGGGUACGAGCCAUCAUUAGCAGAGGCUGGGGAGGGAUGGGCGACGGAAUGGAUAAAGCUGAUGGCAUCUUCAUGGUUGAUAAUGUCCCUCACGAUUGGCUGUUCCACAGAGUAGAUGCUGUUGUCCACCAUGGAGGAGCGGGCACGACAGCGGCAGGUCUACGAUAUGGUAAACCUACACUCAUUAUUCCCUUUUUCGGGGAUCAACCAUUCUGGAGUGCGAUGGUAGUCAAAGCAGGUGCCGGCGCCAAAGAGGCGCUUCCUUUGAAGAAACUUACGGUGGACAAGUUUGCGGAGGGGAUUCUACAAUGCUUAGAGCCAGAAUCGAAAGCGAACGCCGAGGAGAUUGCCAAAAGCAUUGAAGAGGAAGGUGAUGGUGCAGAAAAUGCAGUCGACUCUUUUCAUCGAGCAUUGGACCUGGACGCGAUGCGCUGUCAUAUAUUCAAAGAUCGGGUGGCUGUCUGGAAGGUGAAGCACGCGAACAGCCAGUUGUCUGCUCUGGCUGCUGAUGUGUUGGUCGACAACAAGCAAUUGCAAUGGUCAGACUUACAUUUGAAAAGGAACCGAGAAUGGUCUGAUUUCCAAGGCCCAGGAGAGCCGAUCACGGGGGCUGGAGGCGUUGUGGUUUCUGCAUUUCAUGAAGCCUUUCAAGAACUCUGCGAGAUGCACGAAACGACCAAGAGAGAUAUCAGGGCUUACGAGAAACGGCGGCAAAAACGCAAGAACAAGUCUGUGAGCGAGGGCCUUCUGCUUCCAGGACGCAUCGCAUACGCAACCCGGGGAACGAGCGUGGAGGCACAGAGAAUGGAGCAUGCCCGUUUGCAACAGGAGUUGAACUUGCAGGGGGAGGCCGAACCUUCCAAACUUUCCUUUGCUCAUGUGCGGCCUAAUGACAAUGCGCAAAGACCUGCCAACUUGACCAGGAUCACAACCGCGUCAUCAAAUGCACCACCUGCUGUGGUGGCUGUCAUGAGGGAUGUGGGCCACGGGAUUGGACGUUCAAGUCGUGCGAUUGUAUCCUUGCCAUUGAAGUUAUGGAAUGCUACAGCGCUCGGCUUCCACAAUGCGCCUAGGUUAUAUGGCGAUAAGACGGUUCGGCCAGCGCCACAGAGAAUCAGCGGGUUCCGGUCUGGUGCUAAAGCUGCAGGGAACGAAUUUGUAUAUGGUAUUUACGACGGGGUAACGGGUCUAGUCCGACUUCCAUAUCUUGAGGUUCAGGAGGAAGGUCUUUCGGGGUUGCCCAAAGGGGUGGCGCGUGGCAUGGGAGGCUUCAUCCUGAAACCGAUCUCUGGAGUGCUUGGUCUCGGGGCGUACACUUUCAAGGGUCUUCACAAAAGCAUGCGACGACGAUUUCGCGAUACCGAAAAAACAGAUCGAUGGAUUCGACGAGCAAGAAUUGCCCAAGGUCAGAGGGAAAGUCAAGGACUGAAAGAAGAGGCCGGAGAUGAUGAUUCUGCAACACCUCCCUUUGAUAAGUCGAAAGUAAUCGAACGCGUGCGUGAUCAUGCGCUGAAGAAGUGGAAAACAGCCGAACAACAGCUUGUCAGCGAGGCUCGAGAGAGGGAAAAUCACUGCUCCAAGUGGAACCGACAACAUGAGCAAAGUCCUCGAGUCGAACCAUCACAACGAGCACGGACUGGUUGA